AUGGUUUUGGGCGACUACCAAUUUCCCCAUGUUCACUUCGACGUCUCUAUGUGGGGUCCUUAUUUGCCUACGCUUGGACGGCUGGAUCACUCGAAACCUCAUACGAGCAGAUUCGGUGACGGUAGAUUGGCUCCUGAAGCUAGCCUGCUAGUCUGGGAUGCCCGCCGAUCCAAUCUCAGCGGCACAGUGUGGUUCAUCAACCGGGGCAAAAACAAGAGUACGGGUGAUCCUUGGACCGUCAUUCAACGAGAGAUCAAGAAGGAUCGGGGACAGCCUAUUCCAUCCUACGAACAGAUGUUGAUAGCGACUGAAUUAUUGGAACGUGUCAUUCUAAGAAUGGAUCUACAAACAUUAUCGGUAUGUCGCCGGCUCCCGAGCGCAAUGUCCCACCGAGGAAGAUGGGGUCGUUCGUAUGCUCUCUUCCUUGAAGAUGGUCUCGACUGCAUCGCUGUGAAAGAUAUCUGUGGGCUCAGAGAUAUCACAGUGGCAUCCAAGACUUACGAGGAGAAUGGGCAGGUCGAAAAGGAGAUUCCCUUCGUCCUUGCCGCCAGUCGCCGUUCAUGGAAGAUGAGGCUCAUCUUGUUCAUCCAAGUGACAACAGUCUGCAAGACAAGACGAAUAGUCAGAAGACAUGAGCACUGGAACAGAAAUGCAGUUCUGGGGAGACAUACAUCAGAGACCAUGUACUAUCUCUCGACGUCUUCGUUGGGGGCGGUAUCUAGUAAAAAGAUCCUCUUGGAACGUAUUAACAAUGAUGAUGGUGAUCGAGUGGCCGGGAUGUUGAAAUGGACGCCAAUGAAUGAGCAGUCCUUCAAGUAUUGUAAUUUCCUAUAG